CCUCUUUUUUCACAAAACAAUUCAAAGCUUACUCUCCUCGGCUUACUCUCUUCUUCUUGUUAGCUCUUCCUUUCAACAAAUUGACUUCAAAUAUCUUGUAAUUAGCAAAUAGAGAUAGAAAAUGAGCUCAAUGUCCUCACAACAUGGCUCUGGCUCUUGGACAGUAAAACAGAACAAGGCAUUUGAGAAGGCAUUGGCAGUAUAUGACAAAGACACUUGUGAUCGUUGGUCCAAUGUUGCCAAAGCAGUUGGAGGAAAAACUGCUGAAGAGGUGAAACGACACUAUGAAAUCCUUGUGCAAGAUGUUUUGUACAUUGAGAGUGGUAGAGUGCCCUUCCCCAAAUACAAGACUACUACUCGAGGAAGCCAUACAACAUCUCAAUAACUUCAUCAAAAGGAUGCAAAAUCUAACACCUCAUUGAGACGUCAAUAAGCAGACAGAAAAGAUUCACUUGGUUGCAAAAAAGUGCAAAAACAUUUUGCCUUGGACCUUGCUUUCUUUAAAUAUAUAUUAAGUAACUCAAGUUGUAUACUUAACUUAUUCGUCCACGUUUUAAAUCACUGCUAUUUUGAGUCUAUAUAAUUACCUACAGAAAGAAUCAUUUGAAUUCCUUGUGCUCUCUAGUACUCUUCCUGUAAUAUUCAUAUUAUUCCUCUAAAUGAAACGUGCAUUUUAUGACUUCA